AUGGAUGUAGGAAUGGAUCUACUAUUCCUCCAUCCGAGAGAUGGUGUCACCACUCUCGGUCAGCCCAUUCCCGACGUGACCGUCAAUGGUAGAGACUUUUCACAGCAGUGGGGACGCAGAUCUCCUCUUGGUGUCACCGCGGCUAUGAAUGAGAAAACCAUAGGGCUUCUUAUGAUACCGAUAUUGGUUCUCCUCGCUGCUAUGCGUUCGUCUUCUCUGAAGAAAAAUAGAAAAAUUACAAAUUUCACGAAGUCUCAGUCUUCUAAGAAGCACAUCACAGCAGUCUGUGGCAGCGUCCAGGGCGACGGUCGGUCCCUUUGCCAAGCCAGCGACCGAGAGCUAGUCCUGAGGGUCCCUGCUGGCACCGAGGAAAAGCUUCAGCUCCAUAGGGAUGCGACGUUUCCCAAUAUGUCGGUUGUGGUUGAGGAAGGAGCCAGUCUAACGCUGAGAGAGUCUGUCGAUGCCGGUGGUAGAACGCAGGUGUAUCUCCAGGCUGGUGCGAGGUUGGAUCACACGCUGCACCAAACGCGUGGUGACUGUUCGACGGUGGUUCGGCAAGAUGGAGGGUCCAAGUACAAUCAGACUAGACUGGUCAUACCAGACUCGGACGGAGCGACGCAUACGACCGACAUCGAAGUGAACGGCCCUGACUGCGUUUCCGAUGUUCACUCAGUGCACGUUGUGGCGCGCGAAGGAGUCCACACGGAGUCCGACUCCAACUGUAAUUUCCUCUCGACAGGGACGAGAGCUCGGCAAACCCAUAGAGCAGUGUUGUGUGGUCCGAAGAGUCGGAGCAGCUGGAAGUCCACGUUCAUGGUCAACAAGAUCGCACAACAGACAGAUGCUAACCAGGAGUGCAAAGCCCUGCUCUUGGACCGCACUGCGAGGAUGACGGCCCGUCCCGAGUUGAGGAUCCAAGCUGACGACGUGAAAGUGACCCACGGCGCAGCUCUGUCGACUACGAUUGACCCUAAGCAGCUGUUUUAUCUCACUUCUCGAGGAGUACCUCGUUCCCGUGCGCGAUGGCUGUAUGUGAACGGUUUCCUAGAAGAUACCUUGACGAGGGUUGAUGACCUCGAGGAUCGCGAGUGGCUCCGAGAAAAAGUGGAGAAAGCCAUUAAUGACUUUGAGAAGUGAAAAUUUCCGGCCGU